CGUAAACUCAACACGCCACGACCGAGCAGACAACAGCAGCAGCAGCAGCAGCAGUUGGGUCCCACAAGAAUCUCGAGCAGAACCCCGGCCUCCCGCACCAGGACCGUCCCGCGCUCUCCGCAGCCAAUCGCCCACCGGCAGCCGACCCGUCAGGAGCACCUCGACCCCGCUCUUGCAACCACCGUCGACUCUCGCGCUAACAGCACCUUCCUCUCUCUCUCUUUGAGACCCAACCACACUCCCCCAACUCCGUACAAGAUGUGCCGCAGCUCCGUGUUCAUCGUCCUCGGUCUGGUAGUGAUGGUCGCUGCUGUAAGCCAGGCCCGCUACCUCCCAACCCGCGCCGAUGACUCCAGGCUGGACGAAAUCAGGGAACUUAUCAGAGAGUUGCUGGAGCGCACAGCCGAGGGAAGCAACAACAGAAUGAUGGCCAACUCUGCCUACGAAAAGCGGUAUCUCUUCAAGCGAUCUGCAAUCCCCGAAGGCAGCAUCAGCAGCAACAGCAACAACAACAACAACCACCUUAGCAACGUUGCAGGAGGCGAAGUAGCGACGCCUCUCAUUAACCUCCCCCAGUAAUUAAAAAAAAUGAAAAAAAAACAAACAAAAACAAAAAACUAUCCCCCUCUCAAAAACAAAAAAACAAGAAAAAAACAUAAACCCUCCACACACACACACACUAAAAAAAAACAAUAUCUAAGAAGACCCUCUAAAUAAAAUAUCCUUCAAGAGAGAUAUAUAUAUAUAUAUGAUAGAAACUUUCAACGACCAUAAGUGUUAUCUCAGCCGCGAGUGGGUCUACGGAUGGCGGACACACAC